ACACACAUAUGCGAGCUGGUCCCUCCUCUGCCUUCGGUGAGUGUGUCCCUGUCUGGCUUCUGUGGACUGAGGAAACGGUUCAUCAGGGUUCUGGAAUAUUCAGCCCAAUCUGACAGGCUUGCUGGAAACAGUGGAAAUGAUGGUGUGAGAGGAAAGAGACGUACACUGAGGGAGAAAGAGGGAGACAGAGGGAGAGAAGGGAGAGGUGAGACGCAGUCUGUGAAGACAGCUUUGCUGGGGGUGACAGAGGAGCGGCAUGUCUCAGACUAAGAGAUACACGUACAGCAGGACCACUAGCAGUGGCAGUAGCAGGAUGAGUUCAGACGGAGGUGGUCGUCCGGUGAAGGUGGGCUCGCUGGUGGAGGUGAUCGGGAAGGGUCACCGGGGAACCGUGGCGUACAUCGGCAACACGCUCUUCGCCUCGGGCAAGUGGGUCGGGGUCAUUCUGGACGAGCCCAAGGGCAAGAAUGACGGAACCGUGCAGGGCAAGCGCUACUUCACCUGCCAGGAGAACCACGGAAUAUUUGUACGACAAUCACAGAUUCAGUUGGUGGAUGAUGGAGAGAACACUACUUCACCUGAGACCCCUGAACUUGCUACAUCUAAAGUGCCAAAAAGAGACAUACUGGACACCUCGAAAUCGGCGAAACUGCGAGGAGCCAAACCUAAGAAGACGCCUGCCCCCCGUAAGACUACGGCCAGACGGCCUAAGUCCACUCGUCCGGUGGGAAAGAUGGGCUCCGGUUCGGCCUCUGCAGCUGAAAUGAGCAGCAGUGAGCCCAGCACUCCUGCUCAAACGCCAUUGGCUGCUCCCAUUCUCCCCUCCCCAGUGGGGACACUCCCAUCUCCGGGAGCCCCGCCCCUCCCAGCGCCCAGCAAGGAGGAGGAGGCGCUGCGUGGCCAGGUGAAGGACCUGGAGGAGAAGCUGGAGACGCUGAAGCUGAAGCGGCAGGAGGACAAGGCCAAACUCAAGGAGCUGGAGAAGCACAAGAUCCAGCUGGAGCAGCUGCAGGAGUGGAAGAGCAAGAUGCAGGAGCAGCAGAACGACCUGCAGAAACAGCUCAAGGAGGCCAAGAAGGAAGCCAAAGACGCUCUUGAGGCUAAGGAGCACUACAUGGAGGAGAUGUCGGACACAGCGGACGCUAUAGAGAUGGCUACUCUGGACAAGGAGAUGGCCGAGGAGAGGGCAGAGUCACUCCAAAUAGAAGUGGACUCAUUGAAGGAGAGGGUAGAGGAGCUGAGCAUGGACCUGGAGAUCCUCAAACACGAGAUAGAGGAGAAAGGUUCAGAUGGUGCUGCCUCCAGUUAUCACGUGAAACAGUUAGAGGAGCAGAAUGGACGACUAAAAGAGGCCUUGGUCAGGAUGCGGGACCUGUCAUCCUCAGAGAAGCAGGAGCAUCUUAAGCUGCAGAGGCAGACGGAGAAGCUGAAUGGUGAUCUGGACGGGCUGCGCGACCAGAGAGACAAACUCACGCAGGAGCUGCGUGGUUCAGAGAAGACCGUAGAUGAGCUGAAGGAGCAGGUGGAUGCGGCGCUGGGUGCAGAGGAGAUGGUUGAGAUGCUGACUGAAAGGAAUCUUGACCUGGAGGAGAAAGUGAGAGAGAUGAGAGAGACUGUUAGUGACCUGGAGGCCAUUAACGAGAUGAAUGACGAGCUCCAGGAGAACGGCCGUGAGACAGAGCUGGAGCUGAGGGAGCAGGUGGAUCUGGCUACCACUAAGGUCCGAGAGGCAGAGAAGCGCGUGGAGGCGGCGCAGGAGACCGUGGCUGACUACCAGCAGACCAUCCAGAAGUACCGCGAGCUCACCGCUCAGCUACAGGAAGUGAACCGUGAUUUGAUGAGCCAGCAGGAGGCGGAGCAGCAGCAGCCUGCACCUACUGACAUGUUCGAUUUCAAGAUCAAAUUUGCUGAAACCAAAGCCCACGCUAAGGCCAUUGAGAUGGAGCUUCGGCAGGUGGAGGUGUCCCAGGCUAACAGACACGUGUCUCUGCUCAUGGCCUUCAUGCCGGAGUCAUUCCUGAGGCACGGCGGGGACCACGACUCCGUGCUGGUGCUGCUGCUCAUACCCAGGCUCAUGUGCAAGGCUGAGCUAGUGAGUAAGCAGGCUCGGGAGAAGUUUGACCUGACGGAGAGCUGCAUAGAGGGGGUUGGGAUGAGAGGAGGGCCUGGGGAGCAGAGGAGCUUCGCUGCUGGACUCGUCUACUCCCUCAGCCUGCUGCAGGCCACGCUACACAAAUAUGAACAAGCCCUGAAUCAGUGCAGUGUGGAGGUGUAUAAGAAGAUUGGAGUGCUGUACGCUGAGCUUAGUGCACACGAGCGAUCACUGGACUUCCUCAUAGACCUGCUGCACAGAGACCAGCUGGACGAAACAGUCAAUGUGGAGCCCCUCACCAAAGCCAUCAAGUACUAUCAGCAUCUGUAUAGUAUCCACCUGGCAGACCAGCCUGAGGACUGCACUAUGCAACUGGCAGACCACAUUAAGUUUACCCAGAGUGCAUUGGACUGCAUGGCUGUGGAGGCGGCGCGUCUGCGUGCCUUCCUGCACCCUGGACAGGAGGAGGCGGGUCUCACCGUCUUGUUGAAGGACCUGGAGACUUCCUGUUCGGACGUGAGGCAGUUCUGCAAGAAGAUCCGCCGCCGCAUGCCUGGCACAGACGCCCAUGGUAUCCCAGAAGCCCUCAGCUUUGGCCCGCAGGUGUCAGAGACGCUGUCAGAGUGCAGGAAACAGUUGACCUGGGUGGUGGCCGUACUACAGGAAGUAGCAGCAGCAGGGGCACAGCUGAUUGGUCCCCUGAGCGAACAGGAAGGGCUCUCUGCAGUCAAAGUGGAGGAUAUGGCCUUCAAAGCAGCAGAGCAGAUCUAUGGAAGUCAGGGCAUAAACCCACACGAGUGUCUGCGCCAGUCAUGCAACAUUGUAAUAGCGACCAUGAACAAGAUGGCCACGGCCAUGCAGGAGGGAGAGUAUGAUGCUGAGAAACCACAGACUGGGACACCGCCGAUUGCUCUGCGUGCCACCGCUCUGAGGGCGGAGUUCACGGAUGCAGAGGGGCGUGGCCUCAAACUAGAGGACAGAGAGACUGUCAUAAAGGAGCUAAAGAAAUCCCUCAAGAUCAAGGGAGAAGAACUGAGCGAGGCGAGUGUCCGUCUCAGCUUGCUGGAGAAGAAGUUGGACAGCUCGUCUAAAGAUGCGGAUGAACGUGUGGAAAAGAUUCAGACUCAACUGGACGAGACACUAGCUGUGCUGAAAAAGAAAGAGAAGGAGUUUGAAGAGACCAUGGAUGCUCUGCAGGCUGACAUUGACCAGCUGGAGUCAGAGAAGGCAGAGUUAAAACAGCGCAUCAAUAGCCAAUCAAAGAUGACCAUCGAAGGGUUGCGAGGAAGUCCCAACUCUGGCAUUGCCUCUAUCGUCACUGGGAUCACAGGAGAGGAACAGAAAGAGUCUGGAGCCGUCUAUUCUCCGGGUGUGUGUCCAGGUGUUGGAAUGCAGGUUGUUGACUCUCCUCUGCUGAUGCAGCAGAUCGAAGCUCAGAGGCUCAGUAUUAAACACCUGAAAAAUGAGAACAACAGAUUCAAGGCAGAUAAGAUGCGUUCCCAGCUUGCAUCCCUGCCCCCUCUGUGUGUGCCCAGGCUGCCAGUGGUGGGGGGCAGUGAGGUACAGUCUGGGGCUCUCUACCGCAAAACCCAGCAGCUCCUGGAGACACUGCUGCAGAUGAGCGCCAAUGUCAGAGUGGUGGACAUCACCGGCAAAUCACCAGUAAGCCCCAGUGGCCAGCUGUUAGAGCAGACAUCCAGACUACAGUCCUUGAGUGAAACUCUAGAUCGACUAAAGGAUGAAGUAGCUGAGCAUGUGGUGACUCAGAAGCCUGGGGCGCGUGUCUCGUCGGACUUUGCCACUUUCCCUUGCACCUCUUUUGUGAAGGCAAAGGAGGAGAGAAGAGGUGAGACUGUUCUGAUUGGCCGAGUGAUGGUUCCAUGCUCGCGAGGGCAGGAGGCGGUGCAUCGGCUCGUCCUAUCACAGCCUGAUCUGCAGACAGUGCACCGGCUGCUUCUUACAUAAACCCGCCCACUGCUUGGCCAAAACUCUGCUUAUGCUUAUAUGAAAAGUUCUGCCCAUUCCAUGACAGGGUUGCCGACGUCAACCAUCCAUCCAUCAGAUUCUGCUUUCAUGAAAGUACAUUUUUACCCAUAAUGCACAUGACAUAGAUCUGAAGAAGUACCAAAUAGAACAGCACAUACCUGAGGUCAUUUGCCUUCAUUAAGAAACUCGAAUGGUUUUGUAGAUUUCUUUAAAAUGCAUGACUUUAAAAUGCAUUUCUGGAUGCCUUCUGAUUUUUGUAUGACAGUAGUGCUUUUACAACUAAACACACAAAUGUAUACAGUUCUAUUUGCAACUAGACAUCUAGCUUGGUAUCUGGCAUCAGGAUUGCACUUGUGUCUGUAGAUGAAUCACAAGCCAUUCAUAGUACAGAUAAUUUCACUGCUAACACUCUGAUACAUCAUUCAUAAGCACAUGGUCACCUUGUGAAAAUAUUGCCAUGGCUUCACUGGCAACCUUGCUCUCCAUCCUGCCAUGCUAUUCAUCACUAAUCUAACCCCCUCACUGCAUCACCCAGUCCUGGGCUGACAAACACCAUAACCUCUUGACAUAGUUGCACAGAGAAGUCCUGCUCUCUUCAUGUAUUCUACACUACUGGCACAGCCACUUUUGUCAAGUUAAUUGCCUUCAUACAGAUGUACCCUUUAGGCAUGAACAUACCACCCUAGACGAGAUGAAAUGGAGAUAUUUCUCAACGGAAUGACUAGGAAUGUCUUGGAUGGUAGUCAAUCCUGCACUGUCCCCUUGUCCUCCCUUUAUUAAUUCUGAACCUUCAUUAAGCAUGAUGCGAGGCCAACACAACAUUGUCCAAAUCCAGCACGCACACAAACGCACUCACAGUAGAGUCAAUUUAUCCCAACAGUACACAAGCACAUAAUUAGGCUUUAAUACAGAGAGGCAGCUUAGGCCAAAGGUGUUCCUCAAUAACCUGCUGUUUGUGCUGUGUGUCUCUGCGCUGUCGCUGGCUGUGUGUUUUGUUACUGCUCAAGUGCCAUAUAUUCGUUAUCGGCUAACUGAAUUCUUCUAAAUAAAUACACAAGAGAUUCAAAAAUGAAGUGGAGGGGCUUGAAGGGGUUCUGGAAAGGAACUCAGAAUGGUUCUGGAAUUGGGUGACAUCUCAGAGGCCUGAGGUCGGUUCUCCAUGCUUGUCACACUGCAAGCUUCCUCGGAGAUACUGCUAAGUUUGAGCAGAAUGCUGAGGUUAAACGGCUAGGGUCAGGAAGUGGGUCUACUUUAGUAUUUCAUAUCCAUUAUUUCUCCAAGUAGCUGAUUAUCACAACUUACAAAUCACGACAUAGAGCUAAUGAUCGCGUUCUGCUAGCUAGCUGUAUAACUGGAGCAAAUUCAUAAGCAGGUCUUGCUUUCUGACCCUGCUAGUUUUCACCUCGGUAUUGUUGGGUGUAAACUGAGAAGGAUGUUGUUUCAUCCCCCUCCCCUGUUAUGACAACUGCUGACGACGAAAAAAGGCUUAAAGUUGGCAGAUUUUUAUGCCAUCCUGGAAGUUAGCAAUACAGUGAAAUGAGAUGGUCAUUGAAAAUCUGCCCCCUAAUGGCCUUGAAAGGCACCAGUUUGACAGCAGUGGUCAGUGGUGUGCCUUUGUAGUUACCAGUUGAUUCAAGCGCAUAGUAUUUCUUCUCUGGCAUAUUUUGUUGCGUAAUGAAGGAUGUCAUUCCUAUAUUUAGAGCAUAUCGUGGGAUCUGCUUGCUAAUCUUCACCCUUCUGGAAGUGAGGUGAUCUGCUGUUUCCCGCUCCCUGUCGAAAAAAAAGGACAGGACUGAACAACACCUCAUGAGUUGUUUAUUUACUAGAGAUGUUUAUUUGAAUAAGUCUGAUGUGUAGUCAUUUGGACUGUGUAGUCCUCAAGAUGUGUAUUUAUUGUGUACUUACAGAGUUGCUUUUGAAAGUGUCAAUUGUUGAAAAAGUGCUUUUACCUGGUCUAUGUACAAGUACUCUGCAGAACUGAUUAUAUAACAGUAAAUGUACUACAAACAGUGA